CCAGAAAAAGGAAAAGAAAAAGGUUCCUAUAUAUGAUAAAGGGAGGCAACAGUGUCAGCUUGGCGUGCCUAACACAGUAGAGUUGUUUAUAUAUUGAUUGAAAAGAUUGAGGGGUCCUCAUUGGCUGAAAGAGAAAAGAAAGAAGCCCAGCCACCCCCACACCGUUGAGUUACAGCAGAAAUACAGAAGAAGGAAAAUAGGAGUAAAAAGGGCACAACUAAUAUUUUUAAAAGUUAAGUUUUAUGUGUAGAUCUUUUGGCAGUAUUGUUUAUAUUUUUAUUGGAAAAUGGUGAUUUUGAUUCAUGGUAUAAAAAGCAUAGGGUGGAGAGAAAAAAGGGGUGUUGGUGGUGGGGCGGUGGUGCUGAUUCUAAAGGGAUAGAUGAGACUGAGAACAUUCUGAGCCUGGCUUUUUGCGAUAACAUGGUGUUGCUAUGGUGGCUGGCAAAGAUUAGGGACAACUCAUCUUUUUGAUCCUUUGGUUUUUUGUGUUUUUUGUUGGCUUGAUCCCUUUCUAAUAUAGUGGUGGUGGGGUUUUCUUCUUGUUUUUGUUCCUCAAAGUUAUGGUCGUUUAGUAGUGCUCUUCCACUGUAUCUGUAACGCUUUGUUCCCCAUUGAGUGUUGAUCUUUUGUAUGGAGAAGGGCUUUGGUUGCCUUCCGUGUUCAUGGAAGUUUAGAGUUUUCCGGUCUUAGGUCUCUCCAACUUCAUUGGUGAAGGAAAUUUUGUUGAGGAAAUGUGGAUUCUUGGUCUUGAUUUCUGAAGAAGAACCUUAGAUUUUAUGCUGUACGUUGGUGAUAAUCAAAUACCAAUUACUAAUAAGAGAGGUGUCAGUGGUUGAACAAGUGGGAGUGUCUUAGUUUUGAGAAGUAUAUUAAGCAUCUCUUUAGUGGGUUAUUGUUGGCUAUUGCUCCUGUGCUAACUCUUGGGGACCCAAGGUGCUUUGUCUCUGCUGCCAAGCAAACGAAUAAUCCUCUUCUUGGGUCUUUUUCUUUUCAAAAGAUCAAAUUCCCUUGCAUCACACUGUUAGACGCGUCUCCUUAACUCACUUUUCCUUUGUCUCUCUUCUUAAAUCAUAGAAAAGUGGUGCCGUCUCGAUAUCCCUUCCUGAAUUUGGGGGCUUCACCUCUAUUCUCCUGCAAUUUUCUAUCUGACAUCUUGGGGUAUAAGUUAUCGAGUUUAACAGAAAGAGCAGCCAGGAAUUGAGAUCUUGGAGCUAAAAAGAACAUUUGCCUGCCAAAAUGAAGUUUAUGAAACUUGGAUCAAAGCCUGACCAGUUUCAAACUGAUGGGGACACUAUCAGAUAUGUAGCCACAGAGUUGGCAACUGACUUGGUGAUUACUGUUGGGGAUGUGAAGUUUUAUGUCCACAAGUUUCCUCUUCUCUCCAAGAGUUCUCAGCUUCAGAAGCUUGUUGCUGGGACAAGCGACAACGAUGAAAUUGACAUUCAUGAUAUUCCGGGUGGACCUGCUGCAUUUGAAAUAUGCGCUAAGUUCUGUUACGGCAUGGUAGUAACACUCAAUGCUUAUAAUGUGGUUGCGGCACGUUGUGCAGCAGAGUACCUGGAAAUGUUUGAGAUUGUUGAGAAGGGAAAUCUCAUAUACAAGAUUGACGUCUUUCUUACUUCUAGCAUUUUCCGGAGUUGGAAAGACUCCAUAAUAGUACUUCAAACAACAAAAUCUUUUCUUCCGUGGUCGGAGGAAUUGAAAAUUGUCAGCCACUGCCUGGAUUCCAUAGCUACUAAAGCUUCCACUGAUCCUUCAAAAGUUGACUGGUCCUACACUUACAAUCGUGAUAAGCUCCCAUCUGAGAAUGGGCAUGACCCGCACUGGAAUGGUAUGAAAAAGCAACAAACGGUGCCCCAAGACUGGUGGGUAGAAGACCUCUGUGACCUUCAAAUUGAUUUGUAUAAGAGGGUUAUUACCACAAUAAAAGCAAAGGGAAGAAUGCCAGCAGAUGUUAUAGGAGAAUCAUUAAAGGCGUAUGCUUUAAGAAGGAUUCCUGGUUUCAGCAAAGGCAGUAUACAAGGUGGUGAUCUUCUGAGAUACCGUUUCUUGGUAGAUACUAUCACAUGGUUGCUGCCCGGAGAGAAAAGUUCAGUACCUUGCAGUUUUCUGCUGAAGCUAUUACAAGCAUCCAUUAUGUUAGAAUGUGAAGAGAGGGGAAGAAGGGAGCUUAUGCUAAAAAUUGCUCAACAGCUUGAGGAGGCAACUGUUGUUGAUCUUUUGAUUCGUUGUCCGACUGGUGAGACAGCCGUGUAUAACAUAGAUAUAGUACACAACUUGGUUGAGCAGUUUGUGAUGCAAGAACAUAGUGCUCAAAUCAACUGUGCUGAUGAUCGUGAUUUCCAGGAGAUAUGUCCAGGAUUUACGUCAGAUGUUUCCAAGUCUAAGGUGGCUAGGUUAGUUGACGGUUAUCUGGCUGAAGCUGCUAGAGAUCCUUCUUUACCUUUGUCCAGAUUUCUCGAUCUAGCUGAAAUGGUUUCUGGCUUUCCAAGAUCAACACAUGAUGGAAUUUAUCGUGCUAUUGACAUGUACCUCAAGGAACACCCGGGAUUGAGCAAGAGUGAGAAAAAGCGAAUCUGUCGGUUAAUGGAUUGCAGGAAGCUAUCAGCUGAUGCCUGUGCACACGCUGUGCAGAAUGAGAGGCUGCCUUUGCGUGUGGUUGUGCAGCUUCUUUUCUUUGAGCAAGCCCGAGCAGCAGCAGCAGCCACUGGUGGUAAAUCACCAGAUCUGCCUGGCACCGUCAGGGCCUUGCUCCCUAGAGGAUCUUAUGGUAGCUCCAGGUCUGCUACUACCAACUCGGACGAGGAUUGGGAGGGUGACCAGACAUCCGAGGAACUUAAGGACUUGAAGGGUGAGCUAGCAUCUCUGCGGCUGAGAAACAAAGGACGCAGUGACAGUGAAAGCGCUGGAACAGCAAAUGAUACCAAAUCAAAUACAGAGAAAGGUACUCCCAAGAAAGUGAAAAAGAUAUUCUCAAAACUCUGGACGAGCAAAGAUAGACAAGGCGAGAACAGCAGCUCGGAUACAUCCGAGAGCCCAGCUUCCACCAGUGCAGAAGAAGCAAAGGAGACGGCAGUGGUCAAAGUGACCCGGCAAAUGACAUCAAACCAAAUGCAGAAGAAGUUGUUGCUAACAAGGUGAAGAAAGAUCUUCUGUAGACAACAUCGGCCAGAAGAGAACAGCUGGUUAGAUUCCCCCAAGAGCCUGUUUGUAUCAGAGCAAAAUGGAGGCUGUUCAAAAAUAGGAUACCCCAUCUCAAAACUAGUUCUUGCAAGGAGUAAGUACUUGGGAACUAUCAAUUUGUAAGUUUGUUCCUUGAUUUGCCAUAGGACAUUAGGACAACCCAAUGCUAGAAAAUGGAUAAGUAACCAUUUGCAGCUGAAAUUUUGCAACUUCAGAAGCCAAUGUUGGUUGAGGAUGCAUGUUUUUGCUGCAGAGGGUUCUUGAAUUUUGUUCUUCACAUAGAGAAAUGUAGGUUUAGUUGCUUUUAAUUCACCAAUUUCUAGUACUAGACCCUUUGCUUCUUGUCCAUUUCCCACUGCUGUAAUAGUUGUAAUUUUCCAGCUCAUGCUAGAAAGAAAAUAUUUAUAGCCA